CGUCACACACAAACCAAUGACGUUGAACACAACUGCUGUGAAAGACAACAGUCAGCACGAUGCAAGAAAUGUAAACUAUUGUCCAGCAUGUCAUAAGGAAAGAACCUUCCAAAUGUGGAAACAGAUAACCCUUUUGUGUAUACUCCUGCUUCCAUGUGCGUCAUAUAGAGUGCCCAAAGACGGCUAUGGAGAUGAAGAUUUUGAAGAAACCGAAAACGGGCAAUCCCUACAGGGUCUGCACAAAUUACUAGACAAGGUAUCAGGGAAAAGGCCUAGAGUAAAUACUGCAGGGGACAGCAUGUCUACACAACUCAAGAGAGAUGAAUCACCUGAUGUCAAGUCCAGUUCAUCAAGAGGCAAACACAAAGACAGGAAAGAAAAGGGAACAACGAAUGAAUCUGAUAAGUCAAAAUUACGAAGUGACAAACAAGACAAGGCAAAAUCAACUAAAGGCAAUUCAAAGUCAUCAAGUGACAAAGUUCAACCAUCUAAAGGCAAACAGGACGAGAAAAAAUCGUCUGAUAGCAAGUCUAUUUCAUCUAGCAGCAAGUCUCUUCUGGAAAAAAUAAACCGCCUAUUGAAAGAACUGCGUCAAAUUCUGUCAAAGAGCAAACCAGAACAAAGAAAAGUAGUUAAAGGUGUUCAGAGUAAGAAUAAUAUUAACUCUGAUUCAUCAAAACAAGGAACAGUAAGUGAUUCAAGGUCAAAGUCAGCAAGUGGCAAAUCGUCAGAUUAUGUGGAAAAGGACAAGAAGAAUGACAAUGAUCAUUAUAAUUUUGAUGACUUUAUCUAUGAUCAAGAUGAAGAUGUUAAGCCUAGGAUGGAAAAAUCAAGAAAGAAUUAUGAUGAUGAUGAUGAUCGGAAGUCUGAUAUGACAAAGCGAAAACGACAAGAUAAGGAAGGCAACCUGAGAUCAAGAAAAGGCAAGUCAAAGAGGAAAUUGGAUGAUUUUUUUGAUGAUGAUGAUUAUGAUGAUGAUUAUGAUGUUAACAUGUUUGGCAAAGGAAAAUCCAAAAAGCAGGAUACUGAUGUUGAUCUAAAAACCAAAAGAGGAAAAUUAAGCAGUCUAGAUGAUGAUGAUGAAGGAAAAUCCAAAAAGCAGGAUACUGAUGUUGAUCUAAAAACCAAAAGAGGAAAAUUAAGCAGUCUAGAUGAUGAUGAUGAUGAAGGAAAAUCCAAAAAGCAGGAUACUGAUGUUGAUCUAAAAACCAAAAGAAGAAAAUUAAGCAGUCUAGAUGAUGAUGAUGAUGAUGAUGAUGAAGGAAAAUCCAAAAAGCAGGAUACUGAUGUUGAUCUAAAAACCAAAAGAAGAAAAUUAAGCAGUCUAGAUGAUGAUGAUGAUGAAGGAAAAUCAAAAAAGCAGGAUACUGAUGCUGAUCUAAAAACCAAAAGAAGAAAAUUAAGCAGUCUAGAUGAUGAUGAUGAUGAUCUAGAUGAUGAUGAGGAGGAGGAGGAGUUAAAUAGACAAGAUAUAGAAGAUGACCUUAGGUCAAUAAAAGACAAAUCAAAGAGGAAAGAUGAUGAUGAUGAUGAUGAGGUGGUGGAGAAGGAAGAUGAGGAGGAGGAUGGUGGUGAUGAUGAGGAGGAGGAGGAGCAUGGAAACCGAAAGUUUAAAAGACAAGAUCUGGAAGAUUACCUUAGGUCAAGAAAAAACAAAUCAAAGAUAAAAGAUGAUGAUGAGGAGGAGGAUGAAGAUGAUGCUGAUUAA